AGAAAGAAAGAAAGAAAGAAAGAAAGAAAGAAAAAGAAAGAAAGAAAGAAAGAAAGCUCUCUUUUGGGGAUUAUACGUGAAAUUUGCUGACAUUGUGUAGGAUGGCGGCAGAACUAAAGCUUGUGGACAAUGGCACAGCAGAGGAGCUCUGCCUUCAAGAAAAAGCCCCAUCAAGACCAAGAAGCUGGCACGUAUCUAGGAAGAGGUUUGUGGUAAUUUUAGCAACCUUCACAUGCAUUGCAGUUAUGGGCUCCUUAACCAUCACAUUGUUGAAAAUGAACCGACAUAGCACAGCCAGUGGUUUCAGCCUUCCAGCAUGGAUCUUCUCCACCAUCAAUAGCACCAAAGAUCCAUGUGAGGACAUUUUGGGAUUUUCUUGUGGACAGCAGCUAAAUAUAACAACAAUGAAGCUUCACAAUAAGAACCUGAACCCUGGACAGCAACAAAUCUUGGAAAUACUUAGGUCAAGCUUGGAGAAUUCCAGUACCAAUUUGAGCUCCGCAGAGGAAAAAGCAAAGAAAUUCUACUAUGUUUGUUCCAACUUGUCCCAAAUUAUUGCUGCUGGGCGUUUGGCAUUCAGAGAAACUAUUAAAAAGAUUGGUCUCACCAACAGUACAAAUAUUAUUGCAGUGUUGCAAAAAAUUAUGAAAGAUUACAACACCUACCCCUUUUUCAAACUCAACCUUGUUUCUGACCCCCAAAAUACAAGCAGCUAUGCUAUUCAGAUUGAUCAGCCAGAGUUUCAUUUUGAACCAGAUAUACAAGUAUAUAGAAAAUAUUUGGAAUACAUUCAAUCUAUAUUUCAGUUUCUGGGAGUAUCAGAUGGAGAAACAAUGAAAAUUGCUGGCCCUGUCUUGGCCAUAACAUCAGUUUUAAGAUCAAUGGCAUCAAAGAAAGAAACAGAUAACCCGCUCUUUCAAAGGAUAACUAUAUCUGAAUUACAGAGUAAUGCUCCUGGUAUCAAUUGGCUGGAAUGUUUACAAGCAACUUUUGAGUCUAUCAACAUGAAGCCAUCUGAUCACAUUUAUGUCCACGAUCUUCCCUACUUAACUAGUAUGUCCAAAUACAUCAGUGAAUAUCAAAAAAUAAGCAUCUUGAAUUUCUACAUGAUUGCAUCCUUCUUUCAAACGGUCUCUCCUGCCCUGGAUCCUCGUUUCACUCAGGCUAAGAGAAAAAUAACCAAAACUUCAGACAAGAACAAAGAGGAGCCCACCCCUCCAUGGAAAAAAUGUGUCUUUGACACUUAUAAUGCUUUCGGUCCAGUGGUAGAAGCAAUUUUCAUUCGAGACAGCAUUUCUGAGAAAAAGCAAAAAAUGGUUACAGAACUGGUCAACGAGAUUAGAUCAGCACUUCAGGCCAUGAUAGUAAAUAAUCAGUUAACAAGUGAGAAAACAAGAAAAGCUACACUAGAAAGGCUGAAAUCGGUAACAGUACAUCUUGAUCAACAGACUAGUGCUGAAGAAUUAAAAAUAAUGGACACGCUAUACUCAGAGUUUAUUGUUACUGACAGCUAUUUUGAGAGCUAUUUACAGUACCUGAAGUUUGCCAAAAAGUGGAACAUGGAAAGGAUGAAGACAGCAUCAUGGCAAAAUAGUUCACUUGGAAGUCCUCUUUCAACAGUCCCGUAUCAAUCACAUGAGAAAAAAAUCAUUUAUUUCCCAGCUGGAAUGUUUCAGGAGCCACUCUUUGGUGAAGAUUAUCCAAGGGCAGUUUAUUAUGGAGGAGUUGGCACUGUCAUAGCUCAAGAGCUAAUAAUCAUGCUAGCUGACUUUGAGAAUGAUCCAAGCAGCUGGUCAGCUUCCCAGGAGUUUCUGAACUGUUUGCGAGUUCAGUUACAAAAUGACACAAUACGUAUUGAUUCACAUAAGACCUGGGCAGAGCACAAAGGGAUGGAAGUUGCAUAUCACGCAUAUGAAAGCAGGCUGAACACAGACUGGUGUGAAUCCAGUCUAGCAAAUUUAGAAUCUCUCACCAAGCGUCAGAUGUUCUUUGUAACCUACGCACAGAUAAUUUGUGAAGCUUCAGGUAAAGCCUCAGCAAUCGAAGCUGAAUUCAGAGUGAAAGGUUUGUACAGUUCAUUUUUGUUUCAAAGAGCGUUUGGCUGCUCAGCAAAGUCAUCAAGGAACCCUCUGGAGAAAUGCAACUGAACUCAACUAUAUUGGCAGAGUGCUUUCAUUAUUAAAACAUACUCGGGACACUCUAUAAAGUGCUAUAAUACGGAAAUGGAACAGCAAUUGGCAUGUUUGUCUAGUUCAUCCUGACAGACUGUGCUUCUUCUUCGCAUUAUAAGCAUGCCUAAUUACUAAA